CUAUCACCAGUAUACAUCAAAGAAGAAGAUAUCCCAGCUUGCACCACUGUAGUUGUGUCCGACGUUAUCGAACUACGCUGACUACAUGUUGUGAGCGACUGCUGUCAACACGGAACCAGACACAGAAACCAGGCGAACUGUGUCCCCAGGAUGAGUAUUCGGACCCUCCUUGCCUCCAGCGGGAUGAUCGCUGCCAUCGGACUGGGCUAUGGGAUGUGGGCCAUGAUCUCUCCGGGAGAAGAGAGGCGCAGAGAGAUGAUCAAGAAUCUGCCAGAAUACAACCAACAGACGAUGGACGAGACGAGAAAGAGGACGGCUCUGGUGAUGCAGACACUGAAGGAGGCUGCUGAGAGCAACGAAAACCUAUCACGAGGGGUCGGAGGGAAGUAAACAGGCCCCCCCCGCGACCUGUUGGAAGGUCUCUGUGUAGAACAUGCUACUGUCGUGCAGGGUCUCAUCCUGUGCAGAGACAGAUGGACGUUAUUUAUUCCAGUGGAAAUUGCUGUCUAAUUUCCAGCUCUAUUGCUUCAUUGCCUGUGACCACUUUUUAUGGUUGGAUGUUAAAAAUAUACAUUAAAAAUAUCCAAACAAA